UCCUGCUGCUAGCGGUUGUUCUUCGGACACUGUCAACAUCCAGUUUAUUGAUCCAUUUUCACUAUAGCAUCCUAGAAUUAACGGGUAUGAGAGGGGGUGGGGGAAAGGGUGUUGCUGACUGGCUCCAAAUGCCCCCGCCGCUGAGCUCGGGCAAACAAACAUGGACUAUGAACACGUUUGUCCUCGCUGGCAUAAGAGAGAUUUGGUAUAUUAUUGCGGAGGACUCUUCUCGAGCCAGCUUUCUCUCCCCCUCUUCCUUAGACUUUUCUCAUAGCCCGGCUACCUGGUGGUGAUUUUUAACUUUGGAAAAAAAAAAGAUCGUCUUCGUUGUCAUGGCUAGCACGAAAAAAGACCCGGCUGCGAUUGAGCACGCAAAGACUCUCACCCACAUCCCGUGGUGUGAGGAUUACGAAAAGAUGAUAUCAGGGAUGCUUUACAACUCUCAAGCUCCAGAACUCAUCGAGGGAAGAUUUCGAGCUCGGAGACUCAUGCACAAGUACAACACCUAUUUCCCCGACGACGCCACGAAUGACACCCUAGUGGCCGAGAGGGAGAGGCUCCUGAACGAGAUGCUGGGCAAGAUCGGCACGAACCCCUUCAUCGAGACGCCCUUCAACGUCGACUAUGGGUGUAACACGUCGAUUGGAGACAACUUUUAUGCCAAUUUCAAUCUGGUGAUUCUUGACUGCGGAAUGGUCACAAUCGGUAACCGCGUUCUGUUCGGCCCCAAUGUGUCAAUAUUCGGUGCAACACACGAGACCGGAGUCCAAUCGCGCCGCAGCGGAAUCGAGUACGGUGGCAGUGUCACCAUUGGGGAUGAUUGUUGGAUCGGAGGCAACACCACCAUCAUGCCGGGCUUGACGAUUGGAAAGGGAUGCACAAUAGGAGCAGGCAGUGUCGUCACCAGAUCGAUCCCCGACUUUUCUAUUGCGAUUGGUUCGCCAGCCAGGGUUGUCAAGAAAGUUGAUCCAGUCCCAGAUUUAUGAUGACUCGAAGCCGAAAAAAGGAGAACUUGCAUAUAUGAUAGAGACGACAUUUUAACGAGGCAAUGAAUAUUCACAUUAACAAUAGACAAAUCACGUUUCCAAACCUACCGAAGCAUUGUCCUUACUCAACGCCUACUUUCUUAGUGCCUCACGUAUAUCCUACGACAGAUACUGCAAAUCAUAAAGCGCAAUGGGAAGCGGAUUCGCACCGGCCGAUACCGACCGACUACCGGCUGUAGUAGCUUCCCGACCGUUUGAAGCUACUUGGCAAUAAGCCAUCGACUUCUCCAAACAGCCAGUGCAUAGAUGAGCAAGUAGAGCUCCUCUAGUAAUGGCAGAUCAGGGAAGCCCGGCAUAUAUGAUAAAGAGAUGGGCAGCAAUGGGCAC